GAGGACACCCGAGUGGAUAUGUUUGCACUGUUUCAUUUAUUAGCAACUCAUCAGUGCGGUAUAGGUCUAUUAGUCCUGAAGACACUGAUGAGGCACGAAACAGCGCUGUCUGGGGUUGGUCGUGGCUACAGAGGCGGAAGACAAAAAGCAUACAUGUCCAUUUCAAUCGUGUCUAUUAGUGAUGCAUAUAUGCACUAAUAGCUGCUAGAUGGGUCUACCGUUUUGGAGGUGCGACAUCUAUGUGCAUUGCGCAACCAGUUAUGGGGCGAUAACAUCAUACGGAAUGAUGAUGGCGAUCAAGUUGGCAAACCAUUGAUGAGCCGUUGGUUAAAAUUACUGCUGUUCUCGGCAUUACUGGGCUACGCAAAAGCGCACCAUUUCAUCCGAGUGGUAAUCUUGGCAGCCCUCGGCCUAGCAGGCCUGUGGAUGGUUCAUACCUUAGCUCAGGACUUCACCGCAAUCCAAGCAAACAGAAACACCAACAACAACAACCUCGGGCUCGAGAAUGCGGAGAGGGAGGUCUUCAAGAGGUCAGUAGAUGACCCCGGGGCUACGCCAUUGCCUCAUGCACAGAUAGACUGGAAUAAAGUGCUGCAAAGAGAUCCAGUAAGUUGUGCCAGGAGUUUUAUGUGCCAAUUAGCAGCAACGCAUAAGGAAUCAUUGACGAGGGAUGAAAAGAAGAUGCUCGAUCUAGUAAGAUACUCUGUCAAGACGGACUCUUGGGCCAGCAGACAAUUGAAAGAGGCGUUGCAAAAUGGUGAAGAGCUCAAAAAACCUGGUAGAUGUAUGAAAUUAUACAGAUUCUGUCCUUAUACUAGUCAAAUGAUGAUGACGCUACUUCGAUUGUUUUCCAAAUAAUUACCUAAGUAUGUAUGCAGUUAUAGUUCAGGAUCCUAUAUACCAUGAAAUGACAAUCAUAUGUUGACGUAUGCUAAUUUGGCACACAUUCUUCCUGAUUUCUUCUCUGAGACAACUUCAGCAUCCAAGUCCAAAAUCUUGAAAAAGGAGCAUUAGAAUUAGAUGCAAAUUUUAUAAGAUAGUAAAUGAGUACAAGGGAGUAAAUGCUCAGAGUUUUGUCUGCAAUACAUCUCCAAAUACCACUAGCGAGGUCAGUGCAGGAUACAGACUUGUAAUUAGCACUUUGCGGCCACGUUUAUUGUUUCAUUAUGCAAUCGUCCAUUGCAUAUUAUUGAUAUAUUGAAUUAGUACUAAUUGAUAUAAAAUGACCCGUCAAAUAUUACAGUGUUUUAUCACCAGUAUUACACAACCGGUCAAUAUGUCAUUAUGGGUAGAAUAAAUGACAACACUGGCUUGAUGCUGCCUUCCUAAAGAAGAGCUUCGACCCGUAACUUGAAUCUCUAUUCCAAACUUGCCAAAUCACUCAAAUCAGGACUGUAAAACCAUUGAUUGAUGUAUCCCCUACUAGGUAACAAUAAUCUGGUCCUGCCAUUUACAUAUGCUGUGAUUCACCAGCUGUUCAAGCCUUAUUGUAACAUACUGUUUAUAACUGGUUGUUUUCCUGGUCGAUAUGCUCUUUCCAGGAAACCAACGAGCAUUUUUAUGAUAUACAAAUACAUUGCAAAACAUCAGGUUUUCAUCAUUUUUUAACUAUACUUAUACGAGUAUUACGCCAAGCUGAAAAUGAAUUAUAAUAGCAUUGUUAGCGCUUAAUGAAUCAGCAACCAAAACGCCUAAAUAUUCGAUGGAUUCUGUAAAACAACCUUUGCUGUCCUUGAUAGAAAGUCCCACAUCGCAAAUAUACAAUCAGGAGCCAAGUAAAUUGACUGUGAAGUGGUAGUCAUCCCAGGAGACAUCAGACCCCAACGGGGUAGCGAUUGUAUUCGUAAAUCUGUAUUGACUUUAAUAAUGAAAAUAGUUGCAUGCAUUGUCAACAACAAAGAAGUACCCGACAUUUACGUAUUGUCGCAAUACUCUCCAGAGUUGUAUGAGUAGAAUGCUGAAUUUCAUCCGUCAAUAUAUGAGACCAUUUCCCGAAACUAGUAAUCAACAGUUUGCGUGACAAAAUUUCAGUGUAACGUGAUUCCUGAAGAAUGUCAAAAAAAAUUUGUUUGAUUUGGACAGUUAACCUUUUAUUUCUUGGGGAGACUACCUUUUUGAGCUUCAGUACGGUGCGACAUUGAAAUUUGGUCUCGCGAACUUUCGAUUUGCGGUAUGGGUACAUCGAAUUUGCCUGUUGGCUAUAAAGAAAUCUAUAUUACAGUCGACGUGGUCUUAUGCAUAAAUUAUACAUACUUCAAUAGACAAGUAUGCAGUUAAUGAGCAUAAUGAAUAAUUUAUAAACUUCCUGUACUUGCAUAUCCGACUUUGUUGCGUUUGCUUUUAUGCGGAUUGUAAAAUUGUUGUAUUUGAGAAAGUCGAUAACAGUAUUGAUAUUGAUGGUAAAAGACAGAAUACUCGGAAAACAUAGCCGUAAGGUCUCAUGUAAAGUAUUUACGUGAAAUUAGAAUAUAAACUGUUAUAUAAUAAUGUAUAG